AUGUCAGGCCAAGCUCCAGUACUGCGGUUCCUCUCCCUGGAUGGAGGGGGCGCUGGGAUACUGUCGUCGCUCCUUAUAUUGGAGCGCUUAAUGGACAAUAUCAACAAUGCCCUGAACCUUAGGGAGAAAAUCGAGCCUUGGCAAGUUUUCGACCUAAUUGGCGGCAGUGGCGUUGGCGGUUUGCUGGCUAUUAUGCUUGGCCGCCUACGUAUGAGUGUUCAGCAGUGCAUCUCCGGAUACUCAAACCUAUCACAAAUCCUUUCUGCAGCGCCAAAAAGGGGCAUUUUUCUAAACACCUGGAAAGUAAUCACCAGAAAAGAGCAGAAAUUCAAGGUAGUUGACAUCGAAAAAUGGUUGAAAAACCUAUCGGUUCAAUCCCUAGAUCUGCUCUUAAACGACAAGCAGCCGGGUAGAGUAUUUACUAUUGUACCUGCCUCCACUGUAUCUCAAAGUUUUGCAAGAAGCCAAAAAAAUAAUGUUCUGCUCAGAUCUUAUACGAGCCUUGACACUGAGCCUUUGACAUCAAAUAUUCGCGUUUGGGAAGCCGCGCGUGCUUCCAUCGCACUCCCUCCCUUGACAUUUGGAGACAUGAAAUACAAGUAUCCCUCCUCUAAUAACCCGGUAUUCACGCUUUUCGAGGAGGCCUGGAAACUGUGGCCCGAUCGUGCUGUCGACGCGAUAAUUGUCAGCAUUGGAACCGGUACUGCUCCGCCUCCAUCCUUAGACCUGGGCUCCCGGAAGCCGGUUAGACAAUUGCAGACACUUGCCGCGGCGUCAGAAAGUAUUUCAGAGGAGUUUCGUCGAACACAUAUACCUAUGGCGAGUUCUGGUCGAUACUUUCGAUUCAAUGCGGACCUUCCUUUGGAUACAGUCAGUUUAGAUGAUGCACCGCUACUAUCCCACGCCCGAUCGGCAACAGCAGCUUAUCUAGAAGCUGGCAAAACUUCAGUCGAGUUCCACAGAUGCUGUGAGAACAUAUCCGAGCCAAAUCUCACGCGUACCGCUAUUGCCAUGAAGCAAGGGGAGAAAAACACAAGAUUGUUUCAACCACCACUACACUUAUUCGUGGGCAGCCUCUUUGAACGUCCGUAUGGGGCUAAGCCACAUACUAUCAUUCCACCUAACUCAGUCCCAAAGUGGAUAUUCCAGAGCCAUGAAUAUUUGUCCUGGCUCUCACGUCAGGAGUCGCUAUUCUGGCUCUAUGGACCACCAGGAGUGGGCAAAACACAGUUCUGUCUUCAUAUUUCACAGAAUACGGAGCUGUUAUGUUCCCCCCUAAAGGAUAGCACUGAAAAUCAGCUCCAACACGUGAUGUUAUGUUUCUUCUGCAGUAUAUUCCAUAGUCCCGAAGACGGAGUAAGGCUGAUCGUUGCAGGACUUUUAUAUCAGCUAGUCCUUCAGUACCCAGACGCCUUGGAAUACUUGGGUACCCUCACGACGAGACAGUUGACUACUCAAAACCUGUUAGAUAUGUUUCAGUCAGCAAUCACUAAUACUCUGAAAGCCAAUUCUAUACAGGGAGUCACUCUUGUUAUUGAUGGGGUAGACGAAUCCGACCCCUUAAUAACGCUGCCUGUUUUGAGAUACAUAACAAGUCUUGGUGAUAAAAUGAGGCUAAGUACUUCGUUCCUUCGAUUCCUCUUGACUAGCAGAGAAGGCUGCUUCAACCAGUUGUUUCCGUCUUCAGAGGGCCAAGCUCUGGAUACAUUCACGCUUCGGUUUGACAGAUACCAUGGAGAGAUUGACGUUGCGAAAUUUGUGUAUAGCGAGUUGGAAAAGGAGGAAUAUGAAGCACUUGACUCUGCUUUCAAAGUUGACUUGAAAGCACAUAUUGUUGAACGCUCAAUGGGCAACUUCUUGUUUGCCCGUUUCCUACUGGGACAACUCAAGUACAAACAAAGAGCACAGGCUCUUGAAAUAGUCGGUCGCUCACCUAGGAAUAUUAUGGAUACUUAUGAAUCCGCAGUUGAAAAAGUUGAUCUGCAGGAUGUUGACCACCUGGCGAACCUUUUGAAGUGGGUGGUCAUGGCCAGACGACCGUUAUCACUACCAGAACUAUCAGCAGCCACUCGAACUGGGAAUAACCGGCGUGAUAGAGCUGACGAAGACAGAAUCCAGCGUAUUCUUCAAAAUUGUGCAGCUCUAUGUUUCAUAAGGGACGGCACAGUCAUUCUAUCUCAUGCAACAGUUAUAGACUAUCUACUGGGCCACGCAAGAGAGCCGUUCCGCAUCGAACCCGAACAUGCCGAGCUUUCCAUUGCAGAAAGGUGUCUCGACUGCCUCACCGACGAAGAAUGGGCAAGUGAUAGUUCUUUCCUAGAAGACAGUGGUCUAGGAUUAAUAGAAUUUGACUUCUAUCCGCUUCUCGAAUACGCAUUUCUCUUCUGGCCGGAUCAUGAGCGAAGUGUUCAACACCUGGCGCCGGCUAAGAGGAAGAAAAGCACGUUCUAUAAUGCCUACUCGCUGCAGCGAUCAAGCUGGUACGUCUUUUAUGACCGCAAUCGUGUAUCGCGAAAAGUGGGAAAGUCACAUUUUCCCACUGCCUCAGCCGAUUCUUUCACCGCCAUGCAUAUGGCUGCCUACCUGGAUUUGACCGGCUUGGCGGCGGAGCUCCUUGAGACAAGAAAAACAGCAGUCGUGGACUCUAGGGACAGCAGAGGUCGCAGUCCAGCAGCCUAUGCUGCUUAUUUUGGACAUGUGAUGACUCUUCGACUUCUUUUAGAGAAGGUCCCGCUGUUCGAUACUUUGGAUAAUCAAGGGAAUUCCUUGCUCCAUUUUGCGACUUUGGGGGGGAGUGCCGCAGCUGUUGAUAUUCUAUUGAUGGCCGGAGUCAACGUCAUGGCUCGUGACGGGAGCGGAGAUACAGCGUUGCAUGUUGCUGCAAGAGAAGGGCGCCUUGAAAUAGCCCAACUUCUUGUCCAGUUCGGCGCUGAUGUGGACGGUACAAAUAAAUAUCAUUCAACUCCUCUUCAUGAGGCCAGCCGCGCUGGUAACCUUUCGAUAGCCCAUUAUCUGCUAAACCAUGGUGCGAAUAUAAUGAUAGCCGACAACGAAGGGUGUUCAGCCUUACAUGAAGCAGCUGCGAAUGGCCAUAAAGAACUCGUUGUCCUUCUCCUAGAAAAUAGGACAGAUGCAUCCAUUAGAGACACAGUUGGCCAGACUGCUUUGGUAGCAGCUACUGCUGCUGGCCACGCGGACGUUGUCGAAGCUCUCAUCCGCAGAACUACUAAAGCUGAAGGACAGAGCUGGCCAGGCCAAGAAGACAUGGGAAUAGCUAAUGACCCAUGCGGCCACAUCUCGGACUUCUUGAAAGUUUUUGAAGGGCAUAAAGCAGACGAUUGUGUUAUCGAGAUUGAGACGCAAUGGGAAGUCCUGCAAUUUAUGGAUGAGGAAAUGCCUGAAGGCCAGGAUCUUUCUAGACUCCUCACGCUGUCCGGGACCUCAUCCCAGGCUGUGGCAAAGCAAGCUGGCGAGUAUAUAAUGUUGACCUGGCCAGUGACGGGGCCCAGGACACUGCAUGUCUUGAACUCGGCCCUAUUUCUGUCACGAACCUGCCAGGAAUCUCCGUCACGGCUCGCAUGGAGUGGCGCAUUUCUAAUUGAUGUAACAAUCUACCCAAGGAACAUGCAGGAUUCCAGUUCUGAAAAGGCCGUGGUAAAGGCCAGCAGGACCAAGACCCAGGUGAUGGAGAUUGCUCAGCAGGUAGCCUGGUUUUCUGCAGCUUUUCGUCCACCACUUGAGAACUGCCUGGGGUACUCCAUCCUAAGAAUGCACACAAAUGGCAUUGAAAAUGGUGUAAUUUAUCUUUCUAUCAAACCACAGAAGCUUGUUGACAAAGAGCCGAGCGCUACGGCAGACCCAAUCGGCAAAUGUUGGCACCCAUUAUUCCAGAAUUCGGUACUUGCGUAUGGAUUUCCAGUGCCGAAGCGCGGGAAUCAAAAGGGCCUGGAACUUUCCUACCAUGAAAUGAGGAGUCUCUCGGGAGCAAAAGGAACUAGCGAAUUCAAGUCGAGGACUAUCCUACUGGGCCCAAGGUUUGUCAUAUACCCUACUAAACUUGGAUCUGAUUUCAUCGAAUGGCAUCUAGUUCCGCAGGAAGAAAAGCAAAGUCUUGCUUGGCUUGUCCAGUUCCACAAGAUUCCUAAGGUAGAGCUGCCCUGGCGCCUCUCCUCCAUGAAGGCUUUUUUAGGAUUCUGUACAAACGCCGUGGUGCUGGUGGGGACCGCAUUUAUCAGCUGCGACAAGAUCAAAAACUCUGGCGCCAGAGAGGAAGGCAGAACCCUUCGCGUGAAAGACGAGGGAAUCCAAGCAUCCCUAAGUGUUAGUGUCGGGGCUGGAAGCUUGAUUCCUAUGCCAGUGACGGCUACCGCUGGGAUCAGCGGCGGCGUCCAGAUUAGCAAAGGGUUAAGGCAAACACAAAGUCAGAAUUCACGUGGGAGAGAUGCGAAGCUAAACGCAGCGAAGACCACCGUCGUCCUCAUUUAUGACACCCAGCGUCGAGUGGGCUGGCUCGUUCCGGAGUUAUCUGCGGCCUUGUGGCUUGCCCAUUCGCUUAUUCGUAACCGACUUGAGCUCGGAUUGCAGGAUCCGGAAGACGAGCAAAAAAUACAAGAAGUCCUGGAAUCUAUGGACGCGAAUUUGGAUAGCGACGGUCACAACGCAACUCUAGCAGUCCUGCGCCAGCACAAGGCGGUAGGGCUGUGGGUGGAUGACAGAGAUCACACAAAGCGCGUAAGCUUCCUUGAUGUGAUUGAGUACAUACUGGAUUGUUUCAGGGCUAGAAGGGAAAAGCUGGAAGAUCGCUGCCAGCAACUGUUGAUCUUUCCGAAAAAGAACAGACUCUAUGGAUGGGAGGCUUCUGAGAUCGCUGAAGAAAAGGCGACUUGCUAUCGAAAAGAACAGUACAUUAACAGAAAGUUUCGGGGGCCUCGUCCCUGGCAGAAACUGCGCCAACCUCUGUGCGAACUAGGUGCCAAUCCGGAAUAUUUGGUCCUAUUUUCGAAGGAGCUCAAGGAUCUCGUAUUACCCGCAAACGGGACAACGGCUUGUCGCCUAUGGAAACAGCCACCGAUGAAUCAAAAUUUUCUAAUUGCAAGCACGCAGUGCAUUAUAGGGUUGGCCGAGAGUAAGGGAUGCUACAACUCGGGGCAGAAGUUCAUGCUAACAGAGCGAAUGGGCUGGAGCGGUCCAAGCAAACAAUUCUACGGCUGUGACAAAAAGGGUUGCAACUUUGUUCAGAAGAUGGUCGGGAAUCCCAAAAAGUUUAACAAUUUCGACACUCUCCGGUCCGCCUGUAUGGGUGCUCUAGUCUUUGGGGACCCCUCAGCCUUUGGCAAAGCCAAAUCUUGCAAAACCGAAACUGUAUCCUGGGGGCCGAGACUGCAAGCACACGUCUCUCCAAUUCCCUCUCACAUCUGUCCCCCUCUGCCAGCGGAAAGGCCUUUGAAUGUGCAGAAUUGGAUCCAAAUUGUCCCUCCAGCUGGCGCUUUUAAUCCUUCCAGCUUUCAAAUGAUUGCAGAUGCAUCUGCGGAGGAAAUUCCUACUAAAGUGCCAAACCCCGACCAAAGCCCUUGCGAUAUGGGCAAGGCCCCAGUUGAGGUCUUAAUGCAAUCCUUUCCAUCAUCUCCAACGUCUCAUAGCGCCAGGCUUUCAAAUACUCUCUCAACUCUGAGCUCCAACAAUUCAGAUCAACAUCGACUUAGUUUGCCCUAG